UGUACCGUUGAUUGUCAUGUAUUAACGGCAACUAAGCAUUUAGCAUAACACAACUUUGUCAAAUCAUACGAUGUACCUAUGACAGCAGGAUUAGUUAUAAUCACUUGAAAAAAAAAGUAGAAGCGAACAUCCGAUUUAAUAGGAAACAAGCAGAAUUAGGUCUCCCAAAAUAUUUCUCAUAUAAGGAAUAAUUGAUAAUUCAAAUGGAGCCAUAUCUUAAAUAAAAAGACGAUAGUGUAAACGAAGCAAACAUUCACGACCCUUUCAUACAGGAAAACGUACAAUGUACAAUGAUGAUAAGCCUGACUGACAAAUUAAAAAGCGAUAUAACGGUAUUGUCAUAUAUGAAGUCCUAAAAUAUGACGGAACUGGAGUAACAUUCAGUAUUAAACAACUAAAGGUUAUCCUGUAAAACAUAUUCUCUUUUCACAGACGCAAUUGUGGUAACCAAUGCAACAACUUCAACAUUUACAAAUGAAGACAGUAAUGACAUAGGAAUGGUUAUUGGACUUGUUGUGGGUCUGGUAUUGGUUAUAUUUGUUCUGGUUGUUACAGUUAUAUUCUUUCGAAGGUGUUUUGUAUCGGGCAAACUGAAAGAAUCAAAGGAUUGUUAUACUAGAUCUCAAAAUGUUGAAAUGGCAAGUGGGACAGGCCAUCUUAACAAUACGUACCUGGAUUUAAAAAAGACAACUAUCGAUUAUCCAUACCAAAAUCUUACAAACAGUGAAGUUUCUGGUAGGAAACAAGAUUUAAAGCAGACAAAUUUAAAUUAUGAUUAUGCUACUGUUGAACCAUCUACUGAACAAGGUCAUAUUUCUGAUAUGAUAUAUAACAAUGCUGCUUGUAACAAUUACUUAGUUUUAGAUCCAAAUAUAACGGGUUACAAUAGAUCUGAAAAUAAAACCAAAACUGAUCAAUAUGAACUUGCCCAACCAGUGAAUACGAGUCAAGUCAAAACAAGCUUUGAUAACGCAACAUAUUUAACGGAUGAUACACAUGGUCUUUCUGAUGAAGGCGUGUAUGAUUCAUCACGUGACAAUCGACAUAAAGAAUCUACAAACAACAUUUACAGUCAUACUGUCGAUACGGUAUAUGAUUCUACAAGUCGUUACAGGUCGGAUUCAGAAAACCCAGACACGUACGAUCAUUUCACUGGAAGGAAAACAGAAGACGAGUAUGAUAUUUCAAAAUGUUCUUAA